AUGGGCAACAUUGGCACAGAACCGGCUACAGAGCCCAUCGCCAUAAUCGGCAUCAGCUGCAAGUUCGCUGGAGAUGCGAGCAGUCCUAAUGAACUGUGGAAGAUGCUGGUUGAAGGGAGAGAUGCCUGGUCCGAGGUGCCUUCGUCUAGGUUUAACUUAAAAGGGUUCUUCCAUCCCGAUCCAGACAGGCGCGAUACUGCACUCGACCCUCAGUUCCGCCUCCAGCUCGAGUCUGUGUAUGAGGCGCUAGAGAAUGCGGGCCUUCCUUUGACUCAGGUCGCCGGUUCAGACACGUCCGUGUUCGCGUCAUUGUGGAAAAAUGACUACCGAGAUGGCAUAAUUCGCGACGAGCAAAACCUACCCAGGUCCCUCUAUACUGGCACAGGUAGAGCCUUUGCGGCUGCCAGAAUCUCUCACUUCUUCGAUCUUCGAGGAGCUAGCAUGACACUUGAUACGGCUUGUUCUAGUAGCUUGGUAGCACUCCACCAGGCCGUUCAGAGCCUGCGGAGUGGAGAAUCAUCUAUGGCCAUCAUUGGAGGCUCGAACUUGAUAUUGAACCCGGACACUUUCGUGUCCCUGGGGUCUACGGGCUUCUUGUCGGCUGAGGGCAAAUCGUUUGCUUUUGAUACACGAGCAAAUGGUUACGGCCGAGGGGAAGGUGUUGCUACUUUAGUUAUCAAGCGCUUAAAGGAUGCAUUAUCGGCAGGCGACCCCGUGCGAGCUGUCAUUCGCGAGACUCUUCUCAAUCAAGAUGGUAAAACCGACAGCAUAACAUCGCCAAGCCAGAUCGCGCAAGUGGCGCUAAUGCGCGACUGCUAUCACAAGGCUCGGCUCGACCCACAAGACACGCAGUAUGUCGAAGCCCACGGCACUGGUACCGAAAUUGGAGACUCCAUUGAAGCAGGUGCAAUUGCUACAGUCUUCCAGCCCACAGCGAGUCAGCCUAUGCGCAUCGGCUCCAUCAAGACUAACAUUGGCCACACAGAGGUCACUAGCGGAGUGGCGGGGAUAAUCAAGGUGGUGCUAGCCCUGGAGAAGGGCAUAAUCCCGCCGUCCGUCAACUUCAAUGAACCAAACCCAAGGGUACCAUUAGAAUCUGCCAACCUCAGGGUAGUAACCAAGGCCGAACAGUGGCUACUAGGCCCCAACGGUGUCCGACGGGCCUCUAUCAACAACUUUGGCGCUGGUGGCACUAAUGCCCAUGUCAUCGUCGAAAGCGCAGAGCCUGCAACACCCCGCAACGACGGGCAGCAGUCGUCCCAGAAGUACAAGACAAAGGUGCUUGUUUUGAGCGCAAGGAGCGAACAGGCCUGCAAAAACCUAAUCUCAAACUUGAAGGGCUACCUGGAAAGCAAGAAGGGGGUAGCCUGGGAGGAGGCGCUCUUGGAAAAUGUCAUGCAUACCCUUGGGCAGCGCCGGACCUUACUUCCCUGGGUUGCGGCCCACCGCGUUCCUUUUUCGCGAGGCAUCGAUGAGGUCACUAAAGCUUUGGAAUCGCUCCAAUUCAAGCCAAUCCGUGCAACACGGCGCCCGAGGAUUGGUAUGGUGUUCAGCGGCCAGGGCGCUCAGUGGCACGCCAUGGGCCGGGAGCUUAUAAUUGCGUACCCUCCUUUUAGGGCUUCUCUCGAGGAAGGCGAGAUAUAUCUAAAGGAAUUCGGCGCAGACUGGUCGGUGAUUGAAGAGCUUCACCGCGACGCUGACACCACCAAGGUUAACGACACUGCGAUUAGUAUACCCAUCUGCGUCGUCCUUCAGAUCUCACUGGUGCGGCUGCUUCAUGCUUGGGGAAUCACACCGACCGCGGUUGCCAGUCACUCAAGCGGAGAGAUUGCUGCUGCCUACGCGGUUGGCGCACUGAGCUACAAGUCGGCGAUGGCGGCUGCCUACUAUCGUGCUGUAAUCACCGCCGCUGACACGAGCCGUCGCAAUGGGGCCUCCAAAGGAGGCAUGAUCGCCGUCGGUGCAGGUAUUGAGGAUACAGAGUCCUACCUGGGUCGGCUGAAGAGCGGCAAGGCCGUCGCAGCGUGCAUUAACAGCCCGUUAAGCGUCACAGUAGCCGGAGAUGUCUCUGCAGUACAAGAAAUUGAAGACAUGGCCAAAGCCGAUGGCAUUUUCGCUCGUAAACUCCGUGUGGGCACGGCCUAUCACUCACAUCAUAUGGAUCCAAUUGCUCAACCCUAUCGCGAAGCGCUUCUUAACCAUCUGACCCAAUCCGCAGAUGUGGGUGAUGCACUCGAUUCCGUUUUAUUCUGCUCGGCCGUCACUGGCGGUCGGAUCUACAGUGUUAACGAACUCACCGAGCCGGAGCACUGGGUCAAGAGCUUGACGCAGCCGGUGCGAUUCGUCGAUGCCAUAUCGGACAUGGUGCUAGGCGACUUUGAUCCAUCUGGCACCAGUGUCGAUGCUAUCAUCGAGGUCGGCCCACACUCGAAUCUAGGCGGUCCUAUCAAGGAGGUCAUGGAUCUUCCGGAAUUCAACGGCAUUCAGAUCCCAUACUACAGUUGCCUCUUGCGUAAGACCAACGCUAGGGACAUCAAUAGAGCCAUCCGGGAGAGAUCGCAGCCGCCGAAUGACCUACUCGGGUCGCUCGAGCCGUGGGCAAACCCUCGUAUCCCAUCCUGGCGGCAGAUAUUCCGCAUCGAUGACGCACCCUGGGUCAGAGACCAUAUUAUAGAUUCCAGCAGCUUAUACCCUGCCGCUGGUUUUAUCUGUCGAGCAAUUGAGGCUAUGUCCCAGAUGGUCAGGAUGGAAGAGAUUGACAAUGUUACCAAGGCUGUCAUAGGGUACUGCCUGCGAGACAUUGAUAUCCAACAGGCUCUCGUUGUGCCUGACGGUGAUGGAGGUGUUGAGAUCCAGACCAGUCUCAGCCCGGUCGGUGACAAAGCAAUCGGCUCGCAGGGCUGGAUGCAGUUUGUCAUUUCCUCUGUAACAACAAACUCCAAAUGGACUCAGCAUGCAACGGGCAUGAUCUCGGUUGACCUAGGUGUUACCGGUGAAAUGUUGAACAUUGGCACAACAGUGGCCGAGAAGAAAUCAUCAACCGACUCAACUCAAGCUUUCGAUGUCGACGACUUUUACAACAGCAUGCAAUCAUCUGGUAUCAAGUAUGGACGUACUUUCCGUAAUAUCAAGACGGUGGUCCAAUCGGGCAAGUCCAAAUUGUCUGAAACCACAUUCGGUGUGGCCGAUACUCUAAUGCCUAAAUCCUUGCCUGACAGCCACAUUCUGCACCCGACCACGCUCGAUUCCGUCAUUCAGGCGGCCUACACUACCUUAUCUGAGGCUCAGCUCAAGCAAGGUAGCCUUAAAGUGCCACAAUCAAUCUCAAAGUUGUGGGUGUCGAAUGGCAUCUCCCGCAAGGCCGGCCACCUAUUCAAGGCUUACUCCUCACGCAGCCGCGGUGAUGCACGGAGUAUGGUGGCCGAUAUUCUAGUCAUGGAUGAUGACAAUAACAAGACCAUUGAUCACGUCCUGAAGAUGAAUGGCUUGGUGCUAAGAACUGUUGGCGCAGGAGUUGUUAGCUCCGAGCGACAACAGUCGAAGCCGUGGGAGAGAGAAAUAUGCAACAAACUGAAAUGGGCACCUGACAUGUCCCUCGCCACGAUGGCAGCCUUGAACACCAUCAAGCAGCAGUUGAGCAGCCCUCCCGACCCGAAAGAAGCUCGCGUGGUCAUAGAUCUACGCCGAAUUUGCAUCUAUUUCAUACGCGACGCGCUUGCGGCACUGACCGAGUCCGACAUAAAGCUGUUGAAUGAUCACCACAGGAAAUAUUACACGUGGCUGCAGAACCAACUUCAGCUCGCGAAGGCUGGCAAGCUCGGCCCCGACAGCGCACAAUGGACGUCCGACGACGAUUCGGAAUGUCGCAGGCGAAUGGCUGAAGCAACUAAGGCCACUGUUAAUGGUGAGAUGGUGUGCCAACUGGGUCCUCAUCUGGCUGCCAUGCUCCGUCGUGACACGCCGCCACUCGAGUUGAUGAUGGAGGGAAAGCUACUAUUCAAGUACUACAGCAAUAUGCUCAAAGCCGACCGGUCUUUUAAGCACCUGGCUAGUCUGUUGCAGCGCAUCGUGCACAAGAAUCCGCGUGCGCGCAUUCUAGAGAUCGGCGGUGGUACGGGUGGCGAGACGCGGUACGCACUUAAGGCCUUGGGUACGGCGCAGACUGGGGGUCCUAUGGCGUCGUUGUAUCACUUUACCGACAUCUCGGCGGCUUUCUUUGAGGCGGCGGAGGCCGAGUUUGGGGAAUGGAGGGAAAUAAUGGAAUACAGCAAGUUUGAUGUAGAGAAAGACCCAGCCAGCCAAGGGUUCGAGUGUGGCAGCUACGACAUUGUCAUCGCCUGCCAGGUCUUGCACGCGACCAAGUCUAUGGCCAACACUAUGGAAAAUGUGCGCAAGCUGCUGAAGCCAGGCGGGAGCCUACUGAUGGUGGAGACAACCAAAGAUCAAGUGGAUGUGCAGUUCGUCUUUGGGCUGCUUCCUGGCUGGUGGCUCAGCGAAGAGGGGGAGAGAACAUCCAGCCCAUCCCUUAGUGUCCCCCUCUGGGACCGAGUCUUGAAGGGCGCAGGUUUCACAGGAGUGGAGUUUGAAGUGCAUGAUUGCGAGAGCGAGGACAUGUACUCGAUAAGCACCAUCAUGUCAACCGCUCUCCGUUCGCAGCCCCCAAGACUGGCUUCAGAAAACAUCGUGCUCAUCGCCAGCAGCAAGGCGCCUCCCCCAAGUAGCUGGUGUGAAGUUCUGCAGAGUUCCAUUGCUACCACGACAGCCAUUGAUAGGCAUUUGCCGACCGUGCAGAUGCUAGAGUCCUCGGCAGCAUCAGAGUACACUGGGAAGAUCUGUGUCGUUUUGGCCGAAGUGAGUCGGCCAUUACUUCAAAACCUUGACGCAGUAGAGCUAGAGGGCAUUAAAGCUAUUGUCACCUCAUGCAAGGGGCUUCUCUGGGUGACCCAUGGAGGUGCGGUCGACUGCGAGCAGCCGGAUCGCGGGCUCGCAGUUGGCUUCAUGCGCUCCCUGCGCAAUGAGUAUGUGGGACGUAAGUUCUUGACCUUGGAUUUGGACCCUAAGACGCCAGUCUGGUCCGAAAAGUCCACGCCCAUUAUCCUUCAGAUCCUAAAGACGGAGUUUGCGAGCGCGGGUGGCACUUUGGCAUACGAUGCGCCAAGCGAAUUCGAGUACGCCGAGCGAGACGGAUUCGUUUUGGUCCCAAGACUACACAAGAACGUUGAUGGAAACAAGAUCAUUUUGCCCGAACCAAUAGACUACUUUGCCAAAGAUAGUAUGCCGAUUGAGCUAUUCCUCCAGGCAGACUAUCCACUGAGCUUGCAGGUAGGCGUCCCAGGCUUGCUAGACACGCUCGUGUUCGACCAUGAUGUUCAGCCGGGAAUCCGUGAUGACGGAACCAUUCAAGAAGAAGCGGUUCAGAUAGAACCACAAGCAUACGGAGUGAACAUCAGCGAUGCUUUAGUGGCCUUGGGCCAGCUGGAUGAGCAUGUGAUGGGCAUGGAAUGUGCGGGUGUCGUCACUAAGGUCGGCAGCCUUGCAGCCUCUCAUGGCUACGCGCGGGGAGACAGAGUCUUUUGCUUGCUUCGAGGCCCUUUCGCCAGUCGUGUGUGCACCGAAUGGACUAACGUCAUGCAUAUUCCCCCUCACCUCACGUUUGAGGAAGCCGCCACCCUCCCCGUCGUCUUCAGCACGGCCUUGGUUGGUCUAUGUGACAUAGGACGCCUGCAGCACGGCCAAUCGGUGCUGAUACAUGCCGCGGCUGGUGGCGUUGGACAGGCGGCAAUCAUGAUCUCACAGCAUGUCGGCGCGACAAUAUUCGCUACGGUUGGCUCGCAUGAGGAGAGAAACUUGAUCGUCACUAAGUACGGCAUACAAACAGACCACAUCUUCUCCAGCCAAGAUAAAUCGUUUGCACAAGCCGUCCUCUCAGCUUCUGGCAAACGCGGCGUCGAUGUAGUACUCAAUUCAUUAGCUGGCCCGCUGUUGCAGGCAAGCUUCGACGUUGUGGCGCCAUUAGGGCACUUUGUGGAAAUCGGGACUCGUGAUCUCGAGCGUAAUAGUAGCCUGGAGAUGCGUCCCUUUGCUCUUCAGGUGUCCUUCUCGUCGGUGAAUCUGCUCGCCAUGAUGCGCCAUCGGAAACGAGACGUUCACCGCACUCUUACCAAGAUAGCUCGACUGGCGACUGAAAAAGUUAUUGCACCAGUCUGGCCCAUCACCACCUACCCAAUUGCCGAGGCAGCUAAGGCGUUCAGACGACUUGCGACCGGAGAGAGCAUUGGUAAAAUGAUUCUGAAAACUGACCAACGGCAGACCAUCCCUGUGCUUCCACGACGCCAAAACGUCAGGCUUGCCCCAAACUCUUCUUACCUGCUUGUUGGUGGUCUUGGCGGUAUUGGUCGGUCUGUGAUUACUUGGAUGAUCGAGCACGGUGCUAAGAAUUUGAUACUGUUAUCGCGCAGUGCUGGCGACGUCCAGAAAACAGGACGUUUCGUGGCCCAGACAAUGGAAGAGACGGGCUGUCAAAUCAAGGCCAUCAGCUGCAAUGUUUCAGACUCCGUAGACUUGGAAUCAGCACUUCAAAGGUGUCGAGGGCAGCUUCCGCCAAUCCGAGGCAUCGUACAAGCUGCAAUGGUCCUUCAGGAUGCCUUGCUUGAGCAGAUGACGAUUGAUGACUAUAAGGCUGCCAUCUUGCCCAAAGUCGAUGGCACAUGGAAUUUGCAUUCUCAAUUCCCACACGCCGAUGACCUUGACUUUUUCGUCAUCCUUUCGUCCAAUGUCGGCACCCUAGGGAACGCAAGCCAGUCCAAUUACGCGGCUGGUGGUACCUACCAGGACGCGCUGGCGCGCUGGCGUGUUGGUCGUGGCCUACCUUGUGUUUCCAUCGACCUUCCUGCCGUCAAGUCGAUUGGUUACGUCGCAGAGAUGGCGGGAGUCCGAGAUCGCAUGUCUAGGCUGGGGCAUAUGCCGCUUGAAGAAAGCUUAGUGCUCAAAUUGAUUGAGUCGGCCAUACUCAGACCUCACGAGGGACAGAACGUGGCAGGCAUCAAUGUAGGGCCAGGUGGACACUGGAACCAGGACAGUUCUUCACAACUCGGCCGCGAUGCGCGAUUCUGGGCUCUGUGGUAUCGCCAGCCGCAGCAGCAAAAGAAGGCUAGUAUUGGUAAGGGCGGUGGUGACCCGCUUCCAGAUCAGCUUACUGCAGUCUCGUCGCGACACGAAGCCGAACGUCUAGUGGGCCAGGCCAUUGCACAGAAGCUUGCCAACAUCUUUACAAUACCCUCCGACGACGUCGACAUGACCAAGCCGCCUGGUGCUCACGGCGUCGACUCUUUGGUGGCGGUCGAACUGCGCAAUAUGAUAAGGAAUCAAGUCGCCGCUGAAAUAUCAAGUUUUGAUAUCAUGCAGAGUGCAUCGCUAGCAGCCCUGGCUGGCCUCGCAGCAUCGAAGAGUGAGCAUGUAAAAUCAUCUGGCGUCUCAUGA